AUGACUUGUCGCUACUUUGCCCUUGGUGCGUGCAAGUAUGGCGAUGCGUGCCGGUACGCCCACCCUGAACCAAUCAGAAAGGUACCAGACGAAGAAUUUGAGGCUCUCAAGAUAAAUCAUGAGCCCGUGUCAGACUCCAGGCAACGAAUACCCUGCAAAUUCUUUGCAUGGGGUCAUUGCAAGAGAGGCCUGGCAUGCUCUUUUGCUCACGCACUCACGCCAGACCAUUCCCAGCAAGUGAACGAGGAUUUCGAGGAGCCAGAAGAUGGCGACAGCGGAGCGAGAGAGCUGGGCGGUGCGAUUGUGCAAUUUGGAGACGGAGCCACAGUCUCGUCGGUUUCGCUCCGAACAGAAUUUUACACUUUUCGCUUGAACAGCCUGCCAGAUGAGGCAACUUCGAAAUCUGUUGCAUCUCUACUGGCUAAUGCGGGUGUUGAUAUUGAGGCAAACAAGACCCGCGUUACUCUCGUGACCGGCAACGACGCCUCCGUAUGCUCAUCAGCGGAAAUCAACACAGUAGAGCCAACCUCCCUCGAGGAAAUGCGGGUGAAAUUUGCUGCUAUUCCAGGAGGCAAAGAUAUUGAAGUUGUGGGCAUCCCCCAACGCGUUGCGCGAAGUUCGAAUACCCAAACCAUCGACUGCCGGAGGGUCCAUUGCUCUUGGCAUCGUCCAGUCUGCACUGCUUGGCUUGAUUUUGGAAACGAGUCAAUUGCGGACAGGGUUUCACGGGGGUUUCGAUCAGGAAGAUAUAAAAUCGAGGACCGAGAGGUCUCAGCAUCCGAGCCCAGUGGAACAAUCAUGCGGUCUGCUCGGGCAUAUACGGUCAUCCUGACCAACCUUCCGCCUCGCAUCACGAAGGAGAAGAUACUAUGCCUUAUUGGGAGGAACCUUCUUCCUCGAAAUAUGGAGAUCUCGGAGCCUGCUUACGACGAGGAAGAUGAUACGGCCAUUGCACAAAUUCAGUCGCUGCUCACUGGCAUUGGUGAACUUGAGGGAGACCCAGUUGUGUCAAAAUCUAGCUUGAAGAGACUAAAAAUACAGGCCAAGUUCGCACACGAAGCUGAUGCACGAACGGCUGUCUCCAAACUACACGAUUUGGCGCUCCCUUUUUAUUCCCGAGGGAGACUCACGGUACAGCUGGUGAUUUCAGCCAAGUUCAAGGUGCUCAACCGGGUCUACCAGGCCGUAGAGCAGCGCAUUAAGGGGCAAAGACAGGCUUGGAUGGAUUCGAAGGUAUUUCUCAGAGUUUACCCUUCGUCCGCAGCUUUUACAUGCCUCAAGCUCGAGGGACAAGAUGCUAAGCAAGUAGCGUCCAUCAAGCAGGAACUUGACUUGAUGCUAGCAGGUUGCGUUGUUGAACACAACGGGCAGGCUGUGUGGAGAGAGGCCUGGGGCAAGAUGAAGAAUAUCACUAGCAUACUGAAGCCUGUCGAGCAAGCUUUCGAUGUGUUCAUUUGCCGCGACACUCUCAGACGGCAGCUUCGAGUCUAUGGCGCUCCCAAGAGCUGCACGGAAGCUGCCAAGCGUCUCGCGGAAUUAACGCAUGUCGAUAAUGAAUUUCGCUUCGAGAUCCCUCUCGAUCCGAAAGGUUUCCGAUGGACUUGUCAAGGGGGGCAUAGUGAAUUGUCUUCGACCCUAGACCCGAAGCCAGUAACAUUGGAUGUAGUCUCUAAUCCGAAACGGAUCAUCAUUCACGGCAACCAGGAAGAUUACGAAAAGGCGUUGACACUGCUUCAUGGCGCGAAGAAGCAGCUGACCAAGGCAGCAUCGACCGAUAAAGACUGUUCAGCAUGCUGGACUGAGGCAGAAUGUCCCGUUCGAACACAGUGUGGCCAUGUAUAUUGCUCUGGGUGCUUUGAAGCUCUUUGUUCAUCGAAGUCUGCCACCGACUCUGAUAUGCUAAUUCGGUGCGUGGGCGACGAGGACACCUGCAGACGAGUCUUUCCUCUAAGUGAACUGCGAGAACACCUCUCCUCCACAACCCUGGAAGACAUUCUGGGUGCCGCGUUCUCAUCUUAUAUCGCCAAGAACGCCGCUGAAUUUCGAUACUGCCCUACUCCCGACUGCGGCAUGGUAUACAGAGUGGCCAAGGAGGGAGUCAAGGUGCCCCCGGCUCACACAUGUGGGAAAUGCCUGAUCAGCCUUUGCACAUCCUGCCAUGUAUCGCAUGAGAACCAAAGCUGCGCCGAGCACAAAUCACAAAUACCUGACCCAAGAGUUGAACUUUUGAAGAAGAACUUGGGUAUCAAGGACUGCCCGAAGUGCAAGACGUCAAUGGAGAAGAUAGAUGGAUGUGACCACAUGACGUGCCAAGGCUGUGGAGCGCAUAUUUGCUGGAAGUGCCUGGAGAGUUUCACAAGUGGCAGAGACUGUUACGAGCAUUUAAACAGGGUCCAUGGAGGAAUUAUGGACGUGCCCCGUGUGCUCUAA